CCACCUCUUCUCCUCCAAAGCUAACCAAAAGAAAUCAUCCAUCUUCGCUAAUUCGAAAUGCCUUCGUCGGCCUGCCACCAGAACUGCUCCGAGGAGCUUAGCGAAGUCCUUCUCGCUAGCGGUCCCAUCACCACCAUGCCGGUUCCGGGUAGACGUUGCCCGGCCUGCCUCGAGAAGGGCGAGACUGUUUGGGUCAUUCAGGGAAAGUGCUGCCCUGAAUGUGGAACUCCGGUCAACUAGCUGAACUGGCUUGGGUCGAAGACGUCCUGCGUAGCUUCAUGGCUUUCUGGUUUCCGUCGGAUCAUGAGGUUUCGUUUGAGAUACUGUGGGUUGCUCGUAAAGAAGGAAAGAGCUCGUGGUAUUUGCAGGAUGUCUGGCGCUUUUGCGGGUGUGUCCUUUCCACGGACGGCGUCGCUGGAGUCGAAGAGUUUUCAUGCUCUUGUUCCUGGCGUGUGUUCUUCCUGAGAUCUCAUCGAUAAUGUGCAAAACGGAAUUAGAGGAAGAACUGUAAGGGAGAAAAGUGUUUGUUUGGAGCCAACGAGCCAAUAACCAAUCAAUGA